AUGGUGGCACGGCACGGCGUGGAGCAUUGCGUAAAACAGUCGUCGCAUGAUAUCAUUGGCCCCGGUCCCGGUGCUGGUGCUGGGGAUGGUGGCAAUGCCAAUGGUGGUGGUGAUGGUGUGGGCACAGGUGGUGGUGGUGAUGCAUAUGUUGGUGGCAGUGGUGAUGGUGAUGCCUGCAUGGGAGGUGGUGGUGGUGUGCUCAAUGGUGGUGGCGGUGGUGAUGAUGCCUGCAUCGGUGGUGGUGUGGCCAAUGGUGGGGGCGGCGGUGAUGCAUAUGCUGGCGGCGGCGAUGGUGAUGCAUACGAUGGUGGUGGCGGCGAUGAUGGAGGUGGUGGAGACGGCCCGAGAGACGGACAACGCCCCAAGGAAGGCACGGCCAGCAUGGCAAGAGCGGCGAUGAGGGCCGCGACUUUGAGAGUGAGAGUGGCUACACUCAAAGCCAUUGCUAUGUGA